AUGCGCCAGUCUCUUGCGACGCUGGCCCUGGCCUUGGCCGGCGCCGCCUUUGCGGUCCCCGAGAAGGAGGACGGUGACCACCUGUACUCGUCCCGCCUCUCCAAGCGUGGCAUCGACGCCGAGGGCAACUACAACAUCUCCUUCUUCCACGUCAACGAUGUGCACGCCCAUCUCGACGAGUUUUCCUCCUCGGGCACUGACUGCACCCGUCCCGAGCGCGGCUGCUACGGAGGUUAUGCGCGCAUCAAGCACACCGUCGACGAGCUGCGCCCGCAAUACAACGACUCUCUGUGGCUCAACGUUGGCGAUGAGUUCCAAGGCACGCUCUUCUACUCCUUCUACAAGGGCGAGAAGAUUGCGGAGACCAUCAACCAGCUCGGCUUCGAUGCCAUGACCCUCGGCAACCACGAGUUUGACGGCGGCGACGACCAGCUCGGUGACUUCUUGCUGAACCUCACGUUCCCCGUCAUCUCGGCCAACAUUGUCUCCGAUAACGAGAAGCUCAACAAGACCAUCAAGCCCUACCACAUCUUUGAGGACCAAGGUCUGGCCGUCAUCGGUGUCACCACCACCACCACUCCAGGCAUCUCUUCCCCCGGCGAGGGCACAAAGUUCCUCGAUGUCGUGAGCACUGUGCAGUCCACCAUCGACCACAUCAAGUCCACCACCAACAUCACCCGCAUUGCAGCCAUCACCCACAUUGGCUACGAGGAGGACCAGAAGCUCGCCGAGCAGACCACCGGCCUCUACCUCAUCAUGGGCGGCCACUCCCACACCCUCCUCGGCUCGAUGGAGGACGCAGAGGGCCCCUACCCGACCGUGAAGCAGAACAAGGACGGCGACGACGUCUUCAUCGUCACCGCCUACCGCUGGGGCGAAUACGUCGGCUACAUCGACGUCACCUACGACGCGGAGGGCAAGAUCCUCGCCUACCACGGCGGCCCCAUCCACCUCACCAACACCACCGAGCAGGACGCCGCCCUCCAGGCCCAGAUCGAGUCGUGGCGCGGACCCUUCGAGGCCUUUGCCGCCGAAGUCGUCGGCGUCUCCAACGUCGAGCUCGACCAGUCCCUCUGCCAGAAGCAGGAGUGCAUUCUCGGCAACGUCAUGACCGACGCCAUGUACGAGUACCGCCUCAACUCCUCCGCCGACAGCCCGCCCGACUUUGCGCUCAUCAACGCCGGCGGCAUCCGCGCCACCAUUGACGAGGGCAACAUCACCCGUGGCGAGGUCCUCACCUCCUUCCCCUUUGGCAACUCCAUUGUCGAGAUCACCUACAAGGGCUCCGACCUGCGCAAGAUCCUCGAGGGUGCUGUGACAAAGGUCAACCAGUUCAACCAGGAGGCCAUCACCUCCUUCUUCCAGGUCUCCAAGAACAUCAUCAUCGAAUACAACCCGGCCGGUAACAACGGCUCCAAGCUCGUCUCUGUUGAGGUCGGCGGUGAGGCCCUGGACGAUGCCAAGGACUACAAGGUCGUCACCCUCGACUUCCUGGCCGGCGGCGGUGACAACAUCUUUGUCGCUACCACUGACUUUGUGACCCUUGAUACCCAGGACGAGGUUCUCGUUCAGUAUGUUGAGGCCAAGAGCCCCGUCGAGGCCAAGAUUGAGGGCCGCAUUGUCACAACCAACGGCACCGCGUCUACUCCUUCUGGCACUGCCACCGGUACCGGUGCCACCCCGACUUCUACCUCUGGCUCUAGCGGCGCUAGCAUGGUUUCCGUCAGCAUGGGUGCCGUGGGCCUCUCCCUAUUGGCCCUGCUGGCGAUGUAA